UGAUGGGAAUAUGUAUGGGGCGAAUUGUACGAAAGAAUGUGGUACUUGUCUGCGCUCUGAACAAUGUGACCACAUCAAUGGAACAUGUAUAAAUGGAUGUGACAGGGGAUUCCAUGAAUCUGAAUGUAUUGAAGAAUGUCCAAAUGGAUCGUAUGGAUACAACUGUGAAGAUAACUGUAGCAGCCAUUGCCAGGAGUCUGGAAUAUGUGACAGAAUAACAGGACACUGCCUCUGUCAAGUCGGAUGGAAACCAGAUACAUGUGACUCACAGUGUGACGGUCAUAAGUUCGGCCAGAACUGUUCUAAAACGUGUGGACAUUGCUUGGAGAAGGAAGCCUGCCAUCAUGUUAACGGCUCCUGUCUAAAUGGAUGUGAUCUGGGAUAUCAUGGAGCCAACUGCACGCAGGAAUGCCCCUGGGGAUUGUACGGUUAUAACUGUAACGAGACAUGUCCAUACAAAUGUGAGUCAAAUGUCACCUGUAACUCACGUACGGGAAACUGCAUUCCGGUACGUGAGCUUUCCGGUUCUACAAACACGCCGCCGACAGACAACGUUCCGAUCAUUGCUGGGGCUGUAGCGGCACUGGUCAUCGUCAUCGCUGUCAUUGUAUCCAUCAUCGUGUUCAAGAGAUUGAGAACACGCGUACCUAAGAAAGAUCAACCAAAACAAAGGAGGAGAGACAAAUCAGAAAUGGAAGAGAACUUGUAUUUGAACAAUGACGCUGCAAAGCAAGGCUUUACCAACAUUUAUGAGAACACAGAACCUAAAGAUAAGCCAGCUGCAAAGCGCACCACAACACCAACAACCAAUACAUCAUCAACUGCGAAAAAAUAUGACGUCAAAGAUGACGACGAUGAUGAGGAAGGCAUUGAGAAUCCCUAUGGUGAUAUGUAUCUGAACGAAGAAACCAUAUUGGAUAUCCCAAUUAGUGAGCUUGAAAAUGUCAUCGCAGAAAAGAAGAAAAAUGAAGAAGAUGGUUUUAAAAGAGAAUACGCGAUGUUGCCUCAUGGAGAACAAUAUCAAUGUGAUGCUGGGAAAUCCCCGAACAACCUGGCAAAGAACAGAUUUAAAACAACAUUCCCUUACGAUCACUCCAGGGUCAUUCUAAGAGGGAGCGGUGAGGCAUCGUCUGACUACAUCAAUGCUAACUUCAUCAGUAGUACUGAUUCGGAAAACCAGUAUAUUGCAUCGCAAGGUCCUAAACAGAACACGUUAAACGACUUCUGGACGAUGAUAUGGCAAGAAAAUGUCUCACAAAUUAUAAUGCUUACAAAUUUAAAAGAGGGCGUCAAGAUUAAAUGCACCAAUUACUGGCCGGAGGAAACGAGGGCUAGACUUUUUGGAAACAUCGUCAUCAAGAAUGUCGAGGAAAAACAAUACGCCUUCUACAUCAUCCGAAAACUGACGGUUUCCCUUAAAGAGCAAAACAAGUCACGUGUUGUUACGCAAUACCACUACACCACGUGGCCUGACCAUGGUACCCCGGACCCUCUUUCAUUGGUUGUUUUCCAUAGCCACGUGAUGAGAACAAUGACCAAUAGGAAUAAAUCACCAAUACUUGUACACUGCAGCGCAGGGAUAGGUCGCACAGGAACUUACAUUGCGCUGGAUGCUCUAUACAAGGCGGGUAAAGCGUCCGGUAAAAUCAAUGUAGCUGAGUACGUCAAGAUUAUGAGGGCAAACAGAAUGAACAUGGUCCAAACUUAUGAGCAGUACAUGACAAUAUUUUUGGCACUACACGAGGAAUUUAAAGCGGCUGUUGAGACACGGAGUCUGCCUGAGUUCACGGAGAGAGCCCAAAGUCUGGCUGGAGAUCGCCCAGCCAAUCAAACCGUCAUCAGAAAGGAAUUUGAAAAAUUGAUGAAAACACGACCAGAGUACACUGGUACAGAUUACAAGAUGUCUAGACAGCAUUUUGCAGACAAGAAAGGACAUACUAUACUGCCAUUGGACAAGUACAGUCUUUACCUUACGUCAUCGGUCGCAAAACGAGGAAACUACAUCAACGCAAUCCAUGUGUCUUCCUACCAACAAAAUAGGGCGUUUAUAGUGACGCAUUAUCCGACACCAGAGGACGCUGUGGACUUCCUGCGCCUGCUCAAUGAUCAUGAAUCUGAUACAGUCAUAUGUAUGAAUCCAUUACAUGAAAUUCAAUCGUCCAAGACAUGGUUACCAGAAAUAUCGUCCACCAAGGACGUGCCGCCGUUUGUUGUAGAACACGAGUCUGAGAGUGACACCGGGGUCAAGGUCACAACCGUCAACAUCAUACACGGGAAGGAGACGUCUCAUCCCGUGACAAUUGUAGAGCCGACAGGACCACUGAAAUCCAACGGGACGACCAAAGAUACGUCGUGUCUCAGAAACUUGGUGUCAUAUGCUCUCAAACUUGGCGCAGACACCCCAAUCACCAUUGUCAGCAGAGAUGGUGCUUCACUAUGCGGUGUUUUCUGUGCUGUGUUUAACUCCAUACAACAAAUCAUUAUGGAUGACAACAUUGACGUGUUUACAACAGUACGACAACUACAGACAAGGAGACCAGAGUUCUGUUCCACACAGGAGGAAUAUUUGUUGGUGUACAGGGCGCUGUGGGAUUACAUAGAGACGACCUCAGAGUCUGUCUACUGUAAUCAGUAGUCUACAGCGGUCAGAGGACAAACAAUUCACGUGUACCAGAGGAGGAGGGGGGGAGAUAGAGGAUAAACAGUUCACGUGUACCCAAGGAGGAGGGGGGAUAGAGGAUAAACAGUGCUCGUGUACCCUCAUGUGAUAGAUCUCUAUACCACCAUGGCGGAAUCAUAAAUCAGUUUCCGCCAUAUUUGGCAUAAUAAUGUUAGAGGAACUUUGGUGUAUUUCCAUAGAAUAAUAACGUUUUCUUUUACAUGCACAUGUACUUUUUUUUAAUUUUUGCCAUAUUUUAUGAGGAAGCUUAGCAUUUUUUUAACGCCACUUGAAUGAAAUCCACUUAAUAGAUUCUAGAUGUAAUCAUUUGUUUCGAUAUUUUAUAUAUAUUCAUUAUCAAAGACAUGUUAUAAUUGUUAUACUUUAAUAUUUUUUACACUAUUCAUAGGUAUGUCUUUCUCUUGUAAUUAUAAUAAUACUAGUAUGUCAUGUACUUGUCUGUUCUGGACUCUGAAUUAGACAUAAAUGAUCUGUAUCUGUACUAGUAUUGUCACGCUACUUUUUUUGUGCAUUUUUGUGAAAUAUAAAAUAUAAGCUUUAAAUUCUUGUUUCAGAUUCUUGUAAUUUCAAUUUUACUGCCUGGACCAAAUUCAUCAGAACUGUUUAUACAUGUACGUUUGUUCAAUAACUUAACUAUAUUAGUAAUAUCCAUUUCUAUGUACUUUCCAUUCUAAACUACUAUACAGUUGUAAAUUGUUAUACUUGGUAAGAACCUCGUAAGUUGUAAGAACUUGUGUUCGAACCAUUUGUAUAUGUUUAUACAAUAAAAUAUGUUCAAACCAGC